CACCCUCUUUUACUCCUUUGCCGUGGCGGCUCUCUUCUCCUCUCAUCCUCCCCUGCGCCGCACUCCCCAAAACCCUAGACCCUCCUAGCACCAUCAGCCCCGCGCGGACUCGCCGGCGCCGAUAGCAGAGAUGGCGGAUGCGGUGCAGUACCGCCUGGAGCGGAUGGCGGACGAGCUGGACGACCUGGAGCGGAGGGGCCUCUUCACCGACGCCGAGCUGGCCGAGGUGGUCCGCCGCCGCCGCGACUUCGAGUUCCGCCUCCGCCGCCACUCCCCGCUCAAGGCCGACUUCCUCGACUACAUCGCCUACCUGCUCCGCGUCGACGCGCUCCGCGGCCUCCGCAAGCGCGCCAUCAUCCGCGCCACCCCGGACCCUGCCGACGACGCAAACAACUCCGACGAUGAUGAAGAUCAGGAGGACGGUGCAACGAAGAAGAGGAAGAGGCGGAAGAAUAAGAAGAAGUGGGCCAAGUCCGUCUCCGACUACGCCGCCGUCCUCCGCGUCCUCGACGUCUACAGGACGGCCACCGUCAGGUUCAAGGGCGACCUCGACCUCUGGUUCCAGUACCUCGAGUUCUGCCGCCAGAAGCGCCACGGAAGGAUGAAGCAGGUUCUGGCACAAGCUAUUCGCUACCAUCCCAAGGUUCCUGGGCUUUGGAUCUAUGCAGCAGCAUGGGAAUUUGACCAGAACUUGAAUGUUGCUGCAGCGCGUGCACUUAUGCAGAGUGGUCUCAGAUCUUGUCCAGAAUCAGAGGAUAUGUGGAUUGAGUAUCUUCGCAUGGAGCUUACCUAUCUUAACAAGCUUAAGGCUCGAAAGGUAGCCCUUGGAGAGAACGUGAAGACACUGGAGAAAGACAGUGAUGAUGCGGGUCACUGGAAAGAGGAAAACAAAGAGCUGUUCAUGUCACUUAAUGAACAAGGCGGGAGUCCUGAUGAGUCUGGUUUGCAGGGAGUUGCUCUGGAGGAGAAGGAAGAUCUAUUUUGGCAACAAGGGCUGCUAAUCAUUCGCACAAUAUAUCAUGGUGCUAUGGAAGCUCUUCCGUCAAGCAUAACCUUGAGGAAGAAAAUUUUGGAGAUAUUAAAUAGUGUUGAGCUGGCACAUUCUGAAGACCUGAGAUUAGAGGUCAUGAAUGACCUGAAAAAAGAUUUCUCUCAUAGUGAGGACUACUGGGAUUGGUUUGCUAGGCUUCAGCUUAGUGACUCCACUUAUUCCAGUACUUCAAAUGAAAAGGAAGCUUUGUCAAAUAAGUUGGACAAAUCAAUUCAGGUGUAUGAUGAAGCUGUCAGAAAGUUGCCUACCUCCAAGAUGUACUCCAUGUACGCAAAAUUUUGGUUGGGUGUUCUGUUCUCUGACAGAGAGGAUUCUAUCUCAUUAUUCCAUGAUGCUGAAUUUGAUGCUUCGGAAUACACUUCAUCUGUACUGAAAGUUUUUAAGAAUGCUGAAUCGUGUGGAUGUCUCACUGAGGAUCUUGCCUGCCAAUAUGUCUCUCUUUGUUUGAAACUAGGACGAUUAGAGGAAGCACCUGAAAGAUUGGAAGAAGCUAAGAAUCUUGCAGAAAAACUCUGCAAUGGUCCUCUUUCAAAGGCUGCAAAUCUGUGGAACCUGAGAGCUUCUCUAGAGAUAAACUCACUUGCAACUGCUACUGGCAGCCUUUCCUUUAGCGAGGAGAACUUGAGUUCUCUGUUUGAUCUAUUUAAUGCUGUACUUCUGAAGUUGUCCAUAGCCGAGGCUGAGGGACUGUGGCAUACGGCCAUGAAACUGUUUUCUCAUGACAAGAGAUUUUUCAAGAAGCUGGUGAAAUCUGCAAUGUUAUCAUUAAGUUCAGCUGGCGGUAGUGAUUGCGGAGCAUCAGUUUCUUCUGCCAUUGUUGGAUGGGUUUCGCAAAAGGAUGGUAUUAAGCAAGCUAGGAAGAUGUACAAGAGAUUCUUGGCUUUACCGCGCCCCAGUCUUAAAUUCUUCCAGUUCUGCAUAGAGCUGGAAGCUAACCUUGCAUCCCUGGGAAUCGACGAUGCCAUUGCAAAUGCGCGCAAGCUGUAUGAUUCAGCAAUCAACUUCUAUCCCCAAGAAAGAGAAGUAUGGAGAAACUACUACAACAUGGAGUUAAAGGUGGGAACAUCAGAAACGGCAGAUGCUAUCUACUGGCGCGCUCGCAAGGUGCUUGAUGACUCCACUGCAAUCACCGUUCCCCGUAGCUAGCAGCGUGUGACGUUGUGUACCAUGUAAUACCAUUUUUGAUUGGAUUGAUUUGUCUGUUGCUAUAGGCAUAUGUAAGCAAGUCGACACAAAUUUUGGCUUCUUGGAAUUGUUUUAUGCACUUGUGCGGUGUAAUGAGAAAAACCUCAUGUUUGCUGAAUCCUGAAGGUGUAACCAAACAAUACCAGCAGCGUUGGAGCAAGUAAUGCAGUUCGAGAAAUUAUCUGUA